AUGCGCAGGUCUUUGCAAGAUCCAGCUCCUCUCCUCAAUUCCAGCAACACUUACCAGCAAAAGGUAUUCGUUCGAGUCCUUGAUCCUGAUGAAACAAGUGAGUCAGAUCUUCUGGCAGCGUUGCAAGUGGUUCAACGUUUCCUUCAGAAGGCUGAGAACAACCGAUAUGGUACUAAGGUCUUCAUCAGGCAACCAGGAUGGAAUUUGACAUCCACUGAGCCAAGCCCUCUCAGGAAAAUUGAUCAUGUCUUGCAAUACUCAGAGAUUGUUCGCCUGAUGAAUAGUCUUUUCGACAAUGUCAAUGCCAGCUGGGCUAUCAACAAUAUGGAGACUGCCUCCUUGUUUUUUACUGAAGGUCACAUUCCUUUUGAAGCCAUCAAUGAUCUAGGUUUUCCAGUUGAUGCCGUCAACAAUAACAUGGUUGCUAAUGUCCCACCCCUCCUGCUGCUGGACUUCCCCCCCUGGUGCUAA